AUGAUUGGGAGCUCUUUUGAUGGUAUUCCAUUACGUCUGACAGUAGCUUAUCAGGGAAUUCAUCAAAAUAAUGUCACAAGUUGCAGCUUUUCUAAAUGCGGUCGGUUCUUUGCCUUUGUCGAUGAACCAAGAAUUGUUUUGGGUUAUUGGGUUAAUGAUCUCAUUUCAACUUGUUUAGAUGAAAAUAAUUUUAGAGCAUCCCUAUCUCUGCACUGUCAAACCUCAAGUUUACUGUCAGACGAAGUUGCUAGCAAUGGUGAAUCAAUAAAUUCUGAUACAAAUGAUACCAAUACUAAUUGGCAGUCAUUAACAUCCGAAUUGUUAAGUGGUGACUCAUCACCUGUACAUAUGAAGCCGAUAUUUCGAAUAAAAACUAACGGAGAUGUAGUUUGUAUGACAUUUGCGAUUGGAAAUAGCUCUUUUUGUCGAUUACCUCAUCGUGCUCAUAAACGCAGAUCAUCUGUUGUUCGUGAUUCUCAGGUUUCUCUGUUACUAUUGGGUUUAGCUUCUGGUGUGAUUGAAGUUUAUAACGUCUGUGGCUUAAUAUCUAGUUCACCACAUGUCCCCAAAUAUGUUCUUACGGACAAUUGUACUCUUGUAUAUCUGCUGUCAGUAACUGUUGAUGGAAGUCUUCGUGUAGGUUCUGUACAUCAUGGUGGUGAAGUAAGAUUAUGGGAUUUAUGGGAUGAUGGGAAUAUGUAUGGAAAAUUACGACAUAAGUUCACCAUCCCAACAAACUGUACUACUACUACUACUAAUAAUCACUCAUCCGGUGAAAUUCAAGGUGAAGCAUGUACUUUCGCUUGGCAUCCACAUGGUAAACAUAUAUUUUUGGCCGGGGAACGUGGUCAUGCUGUUGUGCUUGAAGCAGAGUCUCCUUUUUCUCGAAUUGCUUACAUUAGGUCUGGUCAUUAUCAUCGUAUAUCUGUUGCUAAUUAUUCUAAAGAUGGAAGUUUAUUGAUUACUGCUUCAUAUGAUUCAUGUUGUGCUGUCUGGUCUGUUCCUGAAUACCAGUGUUUACAUCGUUUCUGGCAUAUGGGUCGUGAGCCUAGUAUUCCCCUUCGUGGAGGAUCAAAUGGUCAUCAUAUUUAUGGUUUAGUUAUAUCUCCUGACGAUUUUUAUUUUGUCACAAUUUGUGAAGAUAGAUGCGUUCGUUUAUGGCCAUUAGCUCCUGUCAAUUCCCCAUUGAAGAUCUAUUUUGAGCUAGCCCUUCAAUCUCAUUCUGGUUUGAAAUUUCGUAGUCUUGCAUUUAGUUCAUGUGGUCGUCUUAUUGCUGUUACGACGAAUGAUCAUAGAGUAUUACUGUUUACAACACCAUCAGAAUUAACUCGACUUAGUACACAAUGUCUGCAUACAAUACGAACAAAUGUGAUUCAAAAGAUUUUAGACGGAAUCUCCGGUGAACAGCAACAACAUCAACAACACAACACUGUUGCAUUGUACAAUAACGGGAAUAAUAGUAAUAAUAUUAAUCAUAAUAAUAAUAUUAGCGAUGAUAAUAUUAGCUCCACUUUAUUUCAUAAUUCUAUUUCUCAAAUUCACUUGCCUUAUCCUGUGAAAAAAUUAAUUUUAAGAAAUUUUAUCAAUUAA